UCCUGCGGGCGUGUCAUGGCUCGCACGAAGCAGACGGCGCGCAAGUCGACCGGCGGCAAGGCCCCGCGCAAGCAGCUGGCCACCAAGGCGGCCCGCAAGAGCGCGCCGGCCACGGGCGGCGUGAAGAAGCCGCACCGCUACCGGCCCGGCACGGUGGCCCUGCGCGAGAUCCGGCGCUACCAGAAGUCCACCGAGCUGCUGAUCCGCAAGCUGCCGUUCCAGCGGCUGGUGCGCGAGAUCGCGCAGGACUUCAAGACCGACCUGCGCUUCCAGAGCUCGGCCGUCAUGGCGCUGCAGGAGGCGUGCGAGGCCUACCUGGUGGGGCUCUUCGAGGACACCAACCUCUGCGCCAUCCACGCCAAGCGCGUCACCAUCAUGCCCAAGGACAUCCAGCUGGCGCGCCGCAUCCGCGGCGAGAGGGCGUAA